GUUAGCUCCUCCCCUCACAGCGUCACUCUCCAGCUCUGCUCGUAACAGAAGAGCGACUCCACCAUCGGGCGCUAACAGCGGAGCCGCCGGUUAAUACGGCCAUCGACACAGAUACCAUUCCAUUCACGGAAAAGCUGGAGUGAUUUUACAACCUUUCGAAUAGCACAAAUGGCAAAGAAGGCCACUUCGCUUCUCCUCCGGGCUCUGGAGAUGUCAGAAAGACAGUCGUGCGAGGUUAUGAGGAGAAACUCCAACUGCACCAUCAGACAUUUAAGCUCAUGUGGCAUCUUAGCUACACGACGAGUGAGCUUACGUCCUCCUUCAGCAUCUUCUCAGAUGGUGCCCAGCCGGAGCUUCAUUAACUUAUCAGCCCCCCUCAUAGCGCGGAGAAUGGAGUACUCGGAGAGCCGGAGCAUUGCUUACUCACCUGAGCAGAUGUACAGCAUUGUUGCCAAUGUGGACCAGUACCAGCAGUUUGUGCCUUGGUGCAAGAGGUCAAAGGUGACGAAGGGGCGAAAUGGGGACAUGCGAGCUCAGCUUGAAAUCGGGUUCCCCCCAUUUGUCGAACACUACACCUCUGAGAUCACAGUCAUCCCGAACCACCAAGUCCGAGCGGUGUGUACAGACGGGACGCUCUUCAAUCACCUCGAGACAUUGUGGCGAUUCACUCCUGGAGCUGGGGGCCAGGCCGAAUCCUGCAAUGUGGAGUUCUUUGUGUCAUUCGAGUUCAAAUCUCUGCUCCACUCACAAUUAGUGACAGUAUUUUUUGAUGAGGUGGUCAAACAGAUGGUCAAUGCUUUUGAGACACGAGCAACCAAACUUUACGCCACAGGUGUUCAUCGACAGAAGACAUCAUUCAGAAGAGCAACCCGAGAACCUUGUUAAAACGGAUACAAGGAGAUACAUAACCACAUACAUUGUUAAAAUGUUCUGGAGAAGAACAGAUCCUCUUUGUUAAUCCAGUCUGUGGGAUAGGCCAGCACAGGAAAAAAAGGCCUGCUGGAAAAAAAA